AUGUCUACAGAAAUAGGGGUGGUCUUCUGCUCCGGCGGAGGCCUGUUCCUCAUCGGAGGAGUAAUGCUCUUCUUUGAUCGCGCCAUGCUUGCCAUGGGAAAUAUCCUUUUCCUCAUCGGCCUGACAAUCAUCAUCGGCCCCCAGAAGACGCUCCUCUUCUUCGCGCGCAAACAAAAGGCCAAAGGCACAGCAGCCUUCUUUGCAGGUCUGACGAUGAUCUUGAUGCGCUGGACUUUUAUCGGCUUUUUAGUCGAGGCGUACGGAAUAGUUAUCCUGUUUGGAGAUUUCUUGGGCACGAUUGCCGGCUUUGCGAGGGGAAUACCCGUUGUUGGGCCGUAUAUUGGCAUGGUUGUCGAUAGGAUAGGACUGGGACGCCGAAAUGCAGAGUUGCCGGUUUGA